UGAUUUGGAUGUUGCUGAGCUGAGUAGCUUUGUUUUUGUCUUGAAGAAAAUAAUAGUCAUCUGUUGUUGCGGUGAAGUCAGUGAAUACGAGGAUAGCAGAUUGUAUAAUCGAUUUGAGUUUCCUCCUUCCUCUUCAUGAUAGUCUUACACAUCUCUGGUCCGGUGAUAGUGUGUUGUUCCGAUCCUGGUUAGGUUGAUGUCGUCAACCUUGCCUUUAUGAAAAUAUUAGGAAAGAAAUCGCCCACUCACAGGCCGCAACAUGGGCAAGGGAAAGAAGAAGAAGGACACUGACUGGGAGGAUGAUGUAUUGGCAGAACUGGAAGCUAUUGAGACUGGUGUCGAACCUCCCAAGAAAGAAGCUCAAGCAGCAGCCAAAACAGAGUCAGAGGCAACGCCGGCAGCAGCAGCAGCAACAGCUACUGGUAAUGGCGCUGCUGUAGCUAAUGGAGCAGCAGCCACUGCUAAUACCGGCGAUGGUGCAGAGGCCGAGGAAUCCGGCCAGAAGGACAAGAAGAAAAAGAAGAAGAAGAAAGCAGCAACUUCUGGCGGACAGUCAGCAGCGCCAAGGGCAGCAACGCCCGACCAAACUGAGAGCGCUUCAGCUGAAAAAGAUGCCCCCGCAGCAGCAGCAGAAGCAUCGCCUGCAGCUUCAGCAAGUGCAACUGCAGCCGACGGCGAUGAGGAUGGGGGAGAAGGCGGCGAUGCAUCAAGUAGUAAGAAAAAGAAAAAGAAAGAUAAGAAGAAGCCUGAAGAAAAGAAGAAAGAAACCAAGCGGAAAGGAGCUCCAGGGAAGGGUGCUUUGGCUCUCAUGAAGGCAGCCCUGGAAGAGACCAAUCGAUUGAAGGCUGAAGCCGAGGAGGAAGAGAGACGGAAAGAGGAGGAGGAAGAAGCACGGAUACAAGCCCUUGAAGAACAGAAAAAACUAGAAAAAGUGAAGAAAGAUGCUAAGAAGGAGAAGGAGAAGCAACGUAAACUACGUCUCAAGGCUGAAGGCAAGUUGUUGACGAAGGCUGAGAAGGAGAAGAAACGACGCGCCGAGCAGCAGCUAGAAGCAUUACGUGCCCAGGGCAUUAACGUGCCUGCAUCGCAGCCUCGUGAUGAAGAAGCCAAGAAAGUGAAAGUCAAGUAUGGCACAAGAACGAGGAACAAACAAAAGCAGACGCAGAAAGAUGCCGAAGAGCAAGCAACAGAAACAACGCGGGCUGCGGAAGAGCCCAUGCAAGGUACUGAUACCACUACGGAGGGAGCCACCAACGGUGAUGCUGCCCAAUCCGCCGACGAGGAUCUUGCCUGGGAUGAAAUGAAUCUUGAUGAUGAAGAUGGCAGCAAAGCAGCAGCACAAGGAGUUCCGGCAUCACCGUCCGCCAAAACCACCAAACCAUCUGCGAGCAGCAAGGAGGAUGCAGCAGAGGAGGAAUCGGAAGAAGAUGAUUCGGAGAGUGACAGCGAAGACGAUGAAGACGACGACGAUGACGACGAUUCAUCCGAGGAGGAGAGCAGCGAGGAGGAAAGCUCCAGUAGUGAAGAUGACAGUUUAACGGCUAGAGAACGGGCCGAAUUCAGAAUACAGCGCCGCAACAAGAAGUUCAAGGAAGAGCAGGCCAAAUGCGAGGAGUUCCGCGCACCCGUCGUCUGUGUAUUGGGUCACGUCGACACUGGCAAAACCAAGAUCUUGGACAAGCUACGACACACAAAUGUUCAAGAUGGUGAAGCUGGUGGUAUUACUCAACAAAUUGGUGCUACCAAUGUUCCCCUUGAUGCUAUUGUUGAACAAACUAAGAUGUGCAAAGAGUUUGCAUCAAAGUUUGAUCUCAAGUUGCCUGGUCUUCUCAUCAUUGACACACCUGGUCACGAAUCUUUCAGUAACUUGCGUUCGAGAGGAUCGUCGCUCUGUGAUAUUGCGGUGUUGGUGGUCGACAUUAUGCACGGCCUGGAGCCGCAGACCAUUGAAUCUCUCAACUUGCUCAAGAACCGGAAAACGCCGUUUGUUGUGGCGUUGAACAAGAUCGAUCGUCUCUUCGAGUGGAGAAGAAAUCCACAAAGCAGUGUGAAGAAUACGAUUGCCAAGCAAAAGCUCAACACACGUCUUGAGUUUGAGGAGCGCUCCAAGGAGAUCAUCGUGCAGUUUGCUGAGCAGGGGUUGAAUGCGGCAGUGUCGUUUGACAACAAGGACUUGCGCAACGUAGUGUCACUGGUGCCGACGUCAGCCAUUUCGGGUGACGGUAUGGGCGACCUGAUUGCGCUGCUGUGCGAGCUGUCACAGAAGAACUUGGCCAACCAGCUGGCGUUCACCCAACAGAUCCACGCCCAAGUACUGGAGGUGAAAUCUGUUCCUGGCCUUGGUAUGUGCUUGGACGUUAUCCUGGUACAAGGUCAGCUUCGCGAGGGCCAGUCCAUUGUCCUAUGCGGCAUGGAUGGCGCUUUCAACACAACAAUACGUGCAUUACUCAUGCCUCAGCCGAUGAAAGAGUUCCGAGUCAAGAAUGCAUACCAUCAAGAGAAGGAGGUGAAGGCUGCUCAGGGUGUUCGUAUCAGCGGCAAGGACUUAGAAAAGACACUUGCUGGUACUCCACUCUUUGUUGCUUAUCAGAACGAUGAAAUCGACGUAUUGAAGUCUGUACAGGAAGCAACCCUGAAGGCAGCGCUCCGGUCCAUCAAGACCGAAGAGCGUGGUGUCUAUGUCCAGGCGUCAACCAUGGGUGCGCUGGAGGCUUUGUUGGAGUUCUUGAAGACUUCCAAGAUCCCGUAUUCUGGCGUAUCCAUCGGUCCUGUUCACAAGAAGGACAUCAUGAGGAGUGGUGUGAUGCUGGAGCACGAUGCACAGUUUGCUGUUGUACUUGCUUUUGAUGUGAAAGUCGAGCGUGAAGCCCAGGAGAUGGCUGACUCCAUCGGUGUCAAGAUCUUUACUGCCGAUAUCAUCUAUCAUCUGUUUGAUGCCUUCAUGGCAUUCAGAGAUGACUACACGAAGAAGAAGCAGGAUGAGUUCCGUCACGUGGCUGUGUUCCCUUGCAAGCUGCGCACCCUUCCGGAAUGUGUUUUCAACAAACGUGACCCCAUCGUUCUUGGUGUUAUCAUUGAGGAGGGCACUGUUCAUGUCGGCACACCACUUUGUGUACCCACGAAAGAGUUCGUCUUCUUGGGCACCGUAGGCAGUAUAGAGUUCAAUCACAAGAACCUGGACGUGGGCAAGAAAGGCCAGGAGGUCUGCAUCAAGAUUGACCAUACCAGUGGUGAUGCACCGAAGAUGGUUGGCAGGCACUUUGAGAUCACUGACUCCAUUGUCAGUAGGAUAAGCCGCGAGUCGAUCGACGCGAGCAAGAACUACUUCAGAGACCAGAUGUCACGCACAGACUGGGUCUUGGUCAAGGAGCUGAAGAAAACCUUUGGCAUUAUGUAAAUAACCUAUAUAUUCCUGUACAGUUGCCAUCGUGCAGACAUACUAUUGCUUUUACCGUGUCCCAAGCUGCUGUAACACGCUAUGACGUGUGUAACAGGGACGAUUGUACCAUUUUUCUGGCGGUGUCUCACCGGCCUCAUUUCUUUUAACACAACUUUCUCAGUGCAGCUUGCUUUUCCAAAAAAAUAAAAGAGAAAAUGUUCCAUCUA